UUUCCACCCGGAUCUCAGCAUGUCUGGCAGACAUCUCAUUUUGGAUGGCUGCUCAUCAGCUGAAGCUCAAUCUCAGUAAAACCGAACUGUUGUUUAUCCCUUGUGACUCAUCUCCAGGUCAAGACCUUGUGAUAUCCAUGGACAACAACCAAAUCACUCCCUCAACCACCGCCCGCAAUCUUGGGGCUACUCAGGUGCUUGUUCAGUCCCUUGUUAUUUCAAGACUGGACUACUGCAACUCACUCCUGGCAGGCCUGCCUUUGUCCACGAUUCGUCCUCUGCAACUGAUCCAGAAUGCAGCAGCACGACUCGUUUUUAACCUUCCCAAGUUCUCCCACACCACCCCACUCCUCCGCUCCCUGCACUGGCUUCCUGUAGCUGCCCGCAUCAAAUUCAAAACACUGAUGCUUGCCUACAAAGCCAAAAAUGGCCCAGCACCCACUUACCUCUCUGCGCUAAUUACACCACGCACUGCACCACGUUCCCUCCGAUCUUCCAGCACUGCUCGCCUCAUCCCACCAUCUCUCAGGGAUCGAGGGCGGCAUUCAUCCAGGCUCUUUUCUGUUCUGGCACCUAGAUGGUGGAAUGAACUUCCUCUAGAUGUCCGUACAUCAGAGACUUUGACUAUCUUUAAACGACGACUCAAGACGCAUCUGUUUCUACAGUACUUGGACUAACCCCCCUCCCCCCCCCCCAAAAAAAAAAAAAAAAAAAACUCUUCUCAGUUGUGUUGGACUAAUGGUACUUAGUUACUAACCUAGUUAACCCAGUGUAAGUAUGUAUCCAAUGUUGUAAACAUUAAAGCACUUUUUGUAAGUCGCUCUGGAUAAGAGCGUCUGCCAAAUGCCUAAAUGUAAAUGUAAA